UUCGAUUCCUUUAGAACCCCACGCCUAACGGAGAGCAAAUUCCCAAUUCGCAACUCAUAUUCCCAAUUUUUUCGUGGGAAGUGAUAAACGGUGAAAAUGUAAUAACCAGAAUUCCAAACAUUGGCCAUGCGUUUCACCCAAACGGCGUCGUACAGUCUUUCUUCUCAAAUGAUCCCCCUUUUGUUUAGGAAACCCUAGAGGAAAUUGCAUCAAUCACUUCGAAUAGUCCAUCAGAAACUCAUGGCGAUUGCUAGAACCGGAGUCUUUGUCGAUGAUUAUUUGGAAUAUUCGAACACAUUGCCCGCUGAGCUUCAGAGGCUUCUCAAUACUAUCAGAGAACUCGAUGAACGUUCCCAAGCCAUGAUAAAUCACAGUAGGCAGCACACAAAUUAUUGCCUAGGAUUAGCUUCUCAGAAUCAUGGGUCACGGAAAAGUAAUUAUGAGGACGAUGAAGCCUUUGAAAGGUUGAGGAAGGAGAUUGAGGUGAACCAGAACAAUGCAUUGAGCCUUUGCACUGAGAAAGUUUUGCUUGCAAGACAAGCUCAUGACAUUAUAGAUAGCCAUAUAAAGCGCCUUGAUGAAGAUCUUAACAACUUUGUAGAAGAUCUCAAGCAAGAGGGAAAAUUACCAGCAGAUGAACCAGCCAUUCUUCCUCCAUUGCCUCUGGUCCUCAAAUCUGAAAAGCGCAAACAUAUGUAUGGAAUGCCCCAGUCAAAAAGACCUGAAUAUAGGGAGAGAGAUUGGGACCGCGAGCGUGACAGGGACUUUGAGCUUAUGCCACCUCCAGGAGGCCUAAAAAAGGAUUUCUCUUCUCCAGUUGAUAUCGAUCAACCCAUUGAUCCAAAUGAGCCCACAUACUGUGUCUGUCAUCAGGUAUCAUUCGGUGAUAUGAUUGCAUGUGACAAUGAAACUUGCCAAGGAGGUGAAUGGUUUCACUAUGCUUGUGUUGGACUCACACCCGAGACUAGAUUUAAAGGCAAGUGGUACUGUCCAACCUGCAGACAGUUACCACACUGAUCACACAUGCUCAUGCUCUGUAGUGCGGUGAUAUAGUGUUUUGGACACGAGCACUGAUGAGGGGAUUAUUUUCAAUGCAACUCUUCUUGUGUAUGUAUACCUUAGCUGCUCUGAAGCAAUAGCUGCAUACUUGUACUUGUAUAAAUGUCAGAUGAAGAAAAGGAAAACACAAUUCAUUGAUCACUAUAUUAAGUUAUCUGAUUUUUGUCUUGCUGUCUUUCAAGUAUAAUUACCCAGAGAUGCUGUCUUUAGAUUUAACCAUUGUAAAGCAAGUCUGCUUCUGUACAUUGAAUUAACAUGAUGAAUUGAUCACACAUGUCUUUUGAUGAUACACAACUGCUACAAGACUGAUAUAUAGUGAUCUGAAAUGUGAUUGAAGACUUUGAACUCACUUUACAUCAGUAA